CAUUUAAAACUUUUGCAACAUUCAUGAAUUUCAUUAAUUAAAAAACAUUUUCCAAUUGAUCAAUAUAGAAUUAAUUCAUUCUUUGAUAACAACAACAACAACAACAGCAAAAAAAAAUGGAUAUUUUGGCUGCUGAAGAUUUUAUCUAUGAUGAUUUACUUGAUGAUUCUUCAUAUGAAGAACAUGAAGAUUUUCUUGAUUCUUAUGGUGAUGAUUCUGAUUAUUAUCAUGAUCAUAUGCAUCGAAAUUCCGAACAAACAAUACAGGAAUUAUUUUUUCAUUGUUUACGACCAACAUUACAAGAUGUUUGGUGGCAAUUUUUAUGGCCAAUAUUAACAGUGAAUUUUUUGGCAUUUAUUUUGAUAACAUUCGUAAAUCAUCAACAACGAUUAAAACGAUUUACAAUCCAAGCAAAUGAAUUCAUAUUGAUCAUCAGUGGUUAUUCAUUAUUGAUAAAUCAUUAUUAUUUUGAAAAUUUUAAUCAAUUAUUAUUUCUUACCGUUGUGAUAAUUAUGUCCAGUAUUUUUAUAUCAAUAUUAAUCACUUACGAUAUCCAUGAUUAUUAUGGAUUGAAAUUUGUUUGGUCUACGCAUCUUAUUGUGAUCGCCUUGAAUGAAUUUAUCAUUUUCUUCAUUACCGAUUCAUCCGAUUGGAUAAAAUUACGACCAAAUCUGAUGCUUAUCCUAAUGAAAUCAAUUUCAUAUUUUCAUGAAAAACAAUUUUAUUCAAAGAAGAAAAAAGAUUUAAAAAAUAAUGAUGAUUUUCCAGCAAUUCUUUUGGAAUACAGUGCAUAUAUUUUACAUCCUUGUACGAUUCUUCUUGGUAUAUGGCAUCCAUUCAAUGAUCCGAAAAAAUUAUUUGCCACCAAUCAAAACUUGAAACAAAAUUUUAUCAAUUCAUUUUGUUCAUUAUUAUUAUCAUUAUUAUUUUUACUUUGUUCAACUUGUUUGAUUGAUUAUUUUUUCAAUCAUAUUGUAUUCGAAUAUUUGGAUGCAUUUAUUCGUGGAAUAUUAGCGGAAGAUUCACAAACAUCGUAUGUUUGGUUAUUUAUCAUUCGAAUUUUACGUUCAUAUUCGAUUGCCAUACAAUUUCAUUAUUCACAUUAUUUUAUUUGUUAUUUGGGUCAAUCAAUGUUUGAUUUAUGGAAAUUUGAUCAACAACAACAACAAAUAACUAAACCAUUAUCAAUUGAAUGGCCAAGAUCAUUGGUUGAUGUUGUUGUUGCAUGGAAUAUUCCUAUGCAUCAAUGGUUGAAAAGAUAUGUUUUUCAAAUUAUGAAAAAUAAUCUACAAAAUAUUUAUCUAACCAUUUUGGCUACUUAUUUUCUAAGUUCUUAUCUACAUGGUUUUAAUUUUCAAAUAUGGACAGUAUUGUUAACAUUGGGAUUGAUUACACAGGCUGAAUUUAAAUUAAGAAAAUCAUUAGCAAAUUUUUGGUCUGCUUGUGUUGAAUCAAGAAAAUGUCAAUAUGAUUAUUAUGUUUAUGAUGAUGAUGAUGAUAAUGAUGAUAAUAAUUAUUCAUUAGUUUGUCGUCAUGGACAUCGAAAUAUUCGUAAUGUUUGGUCGGUACGAUUGACAAAUCUAUUCUUUACCAUAUUAGCUUUGUUUCAUCUUGCUUUUCUUGGUGCAACAUUCGAUGGUCAACCAGAUUCAUCAACAAUCGAAAAUGUUUGGACAGUAUGGAAAGAUUUACAUUUUUAUCCAUUCAUCACUAUGACCAUUAUGUUUAUCGUUUAUAAAAUUAUUUCGUUUAUCAAUUCUUAAAAUUUGAAAAAAAAAAUUAAAAAAAUUUUACAUUU